CCCCGCAACAAUGGCAAUGACAGUGGCGCGUAUCGCAAAAAGUCUCUGUGGCUACAAACGGGACAGCCCUGUGCACACGAUUUCGGCCUCGCCGCCCCAUCUCCCCCGACCCGUCAUCCUCGCCUCUCAAGCGCCCCUCCAGCCGCAUACAUGCGUCUGGGGGCGACUCGAGGGGGACGUCACGGAAGGGGAUGGCUUGCGCUAGGGGUCGGUUAGGCCGCCCCUGAUCCUCGCCCGGCCCCGCACAUUUGUCGCCGCGGCUCAUCUACACCUGUUGUGCCACUGGGCUCCGAGGCGAGAGCAGACAGACAGACAGACUAAAACCGCGCCCAGACGGCGCAUUGGCAAGAAAACUGCGGCAGGCGACGGCGUAUCUAGGCACAUGCAAAAAUCCCUGAGAUAAUUGAUUGCGCUGCAGGCGGCUCGGUGGCAGACCCGAAUGUGCGUCGAUGCGUUGACCAGCCAGCAGUCCGCGUAGAGGGAGGGGAAGGAGAGAGGGAGGAGGGAGCGAAGGAAGGAGAGGAGGAAACAACCAAACCAUAGAUAAUUGCCAUCCUGUGACAGCGGCGCGCCAUUGCACUUCGUUCCCAAGGCGAGAGCGCCAAGGGCCAACUCUGCAGCGCGUGGCUCCCCGCGGCGACAAUCCCACCUGAUCUGAGGGCAACGGCUGCAGACCUGAAAUGCAAAAGAAACAUCCGAUCGAACAAGAUUCCCAGGAAUCUGGGCUUCCAACCUGCUAUGAGGGACUUGGGCCCGAGGAAGAGGCGAUCGGCGUAAAGGUGGAGCUCACGGUCUCUAAAUAUUUCUUGGCGAUACGCUUCAUGCGACGCCGCUGCGACCUGCUGAUCACCUGAUGGUUUCCGGAAAUGCCCGUGCCCGCACUCGGAGAGCUGCCGUCCCCAUCCUUGUCCGACUGUUGCGCAGCGCCUUCCUCCGUCGCCCGACAGCUUUCCCCAUUCGGGCAGUGGACAUCUCUGCUGGGUGACCAAUCCGACGCUGAGAAGAACGACGGGCGGUCAGAGGUGGGCUCCGACUUGGGGCGCUCGGCGACGGUCACGUUGUCGGUCCAGGGCGAAGGGCAAUCCAAGAAGGAGCUCCUGGAAGUCAAUCCGCGUGGCCAUCUGGCCGCCACGGGCAUCGCGCUGCUCGAACAAGAAUGGCUCGAACCAAAAUUGCGGCGGACCCCUUGAGCCAAAAUGGCUACGGACCGUCUUGGGGCGCUCUUGGGGGCCUAUUGAGCCGUCUUGGAACGUCGGACAACCGAAAAAGCUGGAAGGCC